AUGGAUCGCGGACAAAACGCGAGUCUGAUGGACCGGCAUCAAGCCGCCAUCACCGACAUCACUAAGCACUUUGGCGAGCUGGUUAUUGGUCUUUCGAGCCCCGUUACUGCCGAGGACGCGGACACUGCUACAUCUGCUCAGCAGGCCAUGCGGACGCAGCUGGAGACGCAAGCACUUAUCACUUCCAUCGAGCACCUCCUCUGGCUCACCCGCCAGAUACGCGAGUUGUGGCUGGUCGGUCCGCUUCUUAAGCCUGGCGAGGGCGAGCGCGCCGCCGACGGCCAGAUCGACGAGCAGGUCGAGUCCAUCGCCAAGACCCUGAACGAGCUGCUUGAGCGGGUGCGCAACGGCCAGGUUGGUCCGCACGGAACCUACGUCGUCAAGGAUCGCGCCGCCCCCGCUGCUGGCGAUGGCGCCACGGCGGACACGUCGUCGUCGGCCCAGCCAGCACCCUCUUCCUCCACUGCUCCCGGCGGCCAGUAGAGCUCGGCCGCUUCGGGUGGAGUGGACGAGGCCGCCUUCGCCGCCAUCAUCGAAAUGUGCGACGGCAACGUCGACCUGUUCUUGCAGCUCGUCCAGGAGCUCGCUCGUCGUCCCGGCCCCGACGCUGACGCCCCGCGCCCCGGCGCUGUCCAGGCCGACGUGGAUGAGAUCAGGAUGAUGGAGGAUGCUUUUGACUUGCUUCCUUCUACCCAGAUGGAGGAUAUCAGUCCGGACGUUGCCGAUGAGGCAUGGAACUUUAUGGAGCAGGAUCGUGAGGCAGACUGGGACCCCAACGCCGCCGAGAAUAGCAGCACCAACAACAAUGCCAACGUCGAACCGUCAUCUGCUCAAAAUGUCGACUCUGCCCACAUCUCUAUCGCGUUUCACAACCAGGCUGGAGGAACCGAACACGGCCCCGCCCAGAGCGUCUUCGGUUCAAUUGACAUGAGUGGCCAAGGCAAUGCGCAGCGUCUCACCGAUCGUUCUUCGGAUAUUCCGAUGCUCGAUGUACCGUCCGACCCGAGUGCCAGGAGACUGGAGUAUCUCUUGAGCCAAGAUCACGGACUAAUCGACGACCUCAUCCCCGUCAUCUGCCCAUCUGGUUCGUCCCGUGAUGCCGAGGCCAUGGGCGGCCACUUGUCCACGAUUGAGGAAGAGUAA